AUUUUUUCACUACUUAUAACUUUGUUACAUGACCACUACCUCCCUCAUUCACAAAAACAGAACUUGCAUGUUCUCUUUUUUUUUCUCCUUCUCUGAUUCUUGUUUUACUUUACCACCCUCCCCUCUCUUUUCCUCUCCAUGUUCCUCAACUACUCUCAUUUAUUUCCCUUCAUUGAUUGCCAACACCCUGUUGCAUUUCCUGUAUAAUUUGUUGUGAGAUAGAUAGAGAGAGAUAACAAGAAAGAAAGAACCUCCACUGCUCUUUCCACUUCCAGCAGAGAGAAAAAAAAGAGAGAGAGACAGGUGGGUAUCCUUCACCUUUAAAAUCUUCAACAACCUCUCAGAGGCAGCAUUUAUCAUGCUGCAUCUCAUGGCUUUAGUAAGAGAGAGAAUUGUGUGGUGCAAUGUCAAAACCACCACUCUGGCUACAUUUACUACUUCACCUAUAAAUCUCUCUCCAUAACCAACUCACUCCCUCAUAAUAUUACCACUACUCUCACUCCAAUCCACACACUCUUCUCACUCUAGUCUCCUCCAUUUUCUUUCUCCCCCACUCACAUUCCCUCAAAUAAACCACACUCCUUAUCCCACCUCAUCUCUAAACCUAAACCCUCAACCUUUUCAUGAAACAAAUGCUCUUCCCGCACACUCAGAACCUCUCUUGAAAGUACUUUUGACUACAAACAUUUUCCCCGGGAAAGAAACAAAACUUUCCUAGAGAGAAAAAAUCUUGAAGUUUCUUGUGGUUUUUGACAUUUGAUUCCAGACAAAGAUUGCAAGUUUUCAAAAACGUGUAGUGCAGUAAAAUGGAAACUUGUACGGCUAUACUACUUUUAACGGCGAUUACGGUUUACCUGCUAUGGUUCACGUUCAUCUCACGGUCACUGAGAGGUCCACGUGUCUGGCCCUUAUUGGGCAGCCUCCCGGGUCUCAUCGAGAAUUGUGACCGCAUGCAUGACUGGAUCUGCGAUAACCUCCGCGCGUGCGGCGGCACGUACCAAACCUGCAUCUGCGCCAUCCCCUUUCUGGCGAAGAAGCAAGGUCUCGUGACUGUCACGUGCGACCCGAGGAAUCUGGAGCACAUUCUCAAGACCCGGUUCGAUAACUACCCGAAGGGUCCCACAUGGCACGCGGUGUUUCACGAUCUUCUCGGCGACGGGAUCUUCAACUCCGACGGGGAUACGUGGUUGUUUCAGCGCAAAACCGCCGCGCUGGAAUUUACCACGAGGACGCUGCGCCAAGCCAUGGCUCGCUGGGUGAGCCGAGCCAUUAAGGAUCGGCUCUGCAAGGUGCUGAAACAAGCCGAGCUGAAAGCGGAGGCGGUGGAUCUGCAGGAUCUGAUGCUGAGGCUCACGUUUGACAACAUUUGUGGACUGGCCUUUGGGAGGGACCCGCAGACGUGCGCUCAGGGGCUGCCGGAGAAUGAGUUCGCCACCGCGUUCGACCGCGCCACCGAGGCGACGCUGCAGCGGUUUAUAUUGCCGGAGGUGUUGUGGAAGAUGAAGAAAUGGCUUCGGCUUGGAUUGGAAGUUAGCUUGAGCCGGAGCCUUGGCCACGUGGACGAGCAUUUGUCGAGUGUGAUUGAGAAGAGGAAAUUGGAGUUGCUGAAUCAGCAGAAGGAUGGGACCCACCAUGAUGACUUGCUGACUAGGUUUAUGAGGAAAAAAGAGUGUUACUCGGAUGAGUUUCUGCAACACGUGGCGCUGAAUUUCAUCCUAGCUGGACGUGACACGUCGUCGGUUGCGCUGAGCUGGUUUUUCUGGCUGGUGACUCAGAAUCCGAGGGUGGAGGAGAAGAUCCUACGUGAGAUCUCGACCGUCCUGGUGGAGACACGUGGUGAUGAUUUGGAAAAAUGGGUUGACGAGCCGUUGGUGUUUGAGGAGGUUGACCGCUUGGUUUACCUCAAGGCUGCCUUGUCCGAGACGCUAAGGUUGUAUCCUUCCGUGCCCGAGGAUUCGAAGCAUGUGGUGGCCGACGAUGUGUUGCCGGACGGGACAUUUGUCCCGGCCGGAUCGUCGGUGACAUAUUCGAUAUACUCGGCCGGGAGGAUGAGGUCAACAUGGGGUGAGGAUUGCAUGGAGUUUCGACCAGAGAGGUGGUUGUCAUUGGAUGGGACAAAAUUUGUCCAGCAUGAUCCUUUCAAGUUUGUUGCUUUCAAUGCUGGUCCUAGGAUAUGCUUGGGGAAGGAUUUGGCUUAUUUGCAGAUGAAGUCCAUUGCCUCCGCGGUGCUCCUCAACCACCGGCUUGAAGUGGUACCUGGCCACCAGGUGGAGCAGAAGAUGUCACUCACGUUGUUCAUGAAAAAUGGGCUCAAGGUCAAUGUGCACCGCAGGGAUUUGAAGGGAGUUUUGGCAAGUAUACAGAAAGAAAAAGAAAGAGAAGGAGAAGUUCAGGUGAAAGAUUCCAGAUAGGUUUGAGAUGCAAUGCAAUUGAUUGGAAGUUUCUGUGGCUUUCACUGGAUGCAUGAUCAAAUGAGAAUUGAGCCAUUGGAGCUUCAACUUACAGAACAAGAGAAAAUUAUUUCCUUUUUGAUUUAAGAAAGGGUAAAUUCAUGGUUUCUUAUAAAUUUUAUAACUCAUAACUGAUAUGAGAAGUGUCGGUGGAUUUCUUUUUCUUGGGUCUUGGGGGUGGAUCAAUGCUAAUCCAUCUUUCAUAUAGAGUCCUUGCAAAUAUUCAUUGUAUUCUUUAUUUCUUGUUUGUUCUGAUGUUUACUAUUUAUUUUUACUGGUUUCAAGAUAUUA